ACCUAUUCCUAUAUAUACUGGUCAAACUCGACAGUCUAUUAGUCGAACAAGUGAUUUUCUAAGAAAUUAAUCAAGUCCUGCGAACAUCGAGAUGAAGAUAUUCGUUUUAUUGUGUAUCGCCGCUUUCGGUAUGGCAGAAUUUUUGUCGGAUGAUGAGGAAUGGAGCAACUUCAAGUCUAAAUUCAAUAAAGUCUACAACACUCCUGAAGAGGAAGUACGCCGAUUCGAGAUUUUUAAAGAUAAUCUGAACCACGUCCGAGAACACCAAAAAAAAUAUGAUGCUGGUGAGGUGACUUACAGUCUAGGAAUAAAUGAUUUUUCUGAUCUAACCACUGAAGAAUUCAAAAUAAGAUACACAGGAUUGAGGACUGAUUGAGGACUAAACAACUCAAAGCAAUUCAGGACAUUCUAUAAGUUCUGAUAUUUUUAUAUUAUUAAAGAUAUCAAAUGAAAUGUU